GCGGCCGGCGGGGACGCAUUGGUCCGAGCUGUGCUCUAUUGGUGUGUUUACUGCAGCACAGAGAUCUUACCUCUCUCCCCGCCAAUACCAUGGCCAAGGAAGAAAACAAGGGCAGCGAGCAGUCCGGCUCCGACUGGAAGCAGUUCAUCUACAACCCGCAGAAAGGAGAGUUCAUGGGCCGCACGGCUAGUAGUUGGGCUCUGAUCUUGCUCUUCUACUUGGUGUUUUAUGGAUUCCUCGCCGGACUCUUUACACUUACCAUGUGGGUCAUGCUUCAGACACUGGAUGAUUCUGUCCCCAAAUACAGAGACAGAGUUUCUUCUCCAGGUUUAAUGAUUUCUCCUAAAUCUGCUGGGCUUGAGAUUAAAUUCAGCCGGAGUAAGCCUCAGUCUUACAUGGAAUAUGUGCAGACCCUUAAUACAUUCCUUGCACCAUACAAUGAUUCCAUACAAGCCAAAAAUGAGUUUUGUCCACCAGGCCUGUAUUUCGAUCAGGAUGAAGAAGUCGAGAAGAAGACGUGCCAGUUCAAUAGGACAUCACUGGGGAUUUGCUCUGGGAUAGAAGAUCCCAUGUUUGGAUAUGGGGAAGGCAAACCCUGUGUUAUUGUCAAAAUAAACAGGAUUAUUGGGUUGAAGCCAGAAGGAAACCCUAAAAUAAACUGUACUUCCAAGACAGAAGAUGUGAACCUGCAGUAUUUUCCUGAUAGUGGGAAGAUUGAUUUGAUGUACUUUCCUUAUUAUGGGAAGAAAACCCAUGUAAAUUAUGUUCAGCCUGUAGUCGCUGUGAAAAUCUCUCCCUCUAACUUCACCUCGGAGGAGAUUGCCGUCGAGUGCAAGAUCCAUGGAUCCCGCAACCUUAAGAAUGAGGACGAGAGAGAUAAGUUCCUGGGGCGAGUGACAUUCAAAGUGAAAAUAACGGAGUAAAGGAAACACAAGAUUUGUGGCCAGUUGUGUCAUUAUUAUUAUUAUUUUUUUUUUUUAAUUAUAUUUUUUUAUCGGCCUGACCUGCUAUUCUCGGACCUGGAACCAUCUAGGAGGAUGAUCGAUUGGCAAAUGAUUCAGGGUAGCAUAAUAGCAAUGUGCUUCCAAACAUGAUCUUUUAACCUCUUCCGUGCUGCAGAGGGGUUUUCCCUGGCUGCUCCAGCUCAGAAGAGGUUACAGCCCCUGCAUACAGCAUCCGCCUGCCCAAUGGGGCGACAGUUUACAAAAAAAAAAAAGAAAAAUAUAAUGGUCAUUUCAUAUUAGGGGACUUGUAUAUAGCUGUUUCCGAACAUAAUACUGGUGGUGUUCGUCCAAUUUUUGAUGUGGUUUUAUUCCAUUCCCCUCCCCCUCGACCCCAAUGUAAAUGUGUUACAAGCUUAAUGUGUCGUGCUAUGUAAAUAUUUAAUUGAUUUAACACUGGUUUAACUGUCAUAUCUCAAAUGCCUACACCGUUUUAGGGAACAAAAAUGACACAAGUAAAUGGUACCUGACCAACCUGUACAAACAGUGAUACAAACAAAACAAAAAUAUGAUGAAAAAAAAAAAAAGGAAAGAUUUUAUAACCUCUGCAAGAAUUGUGUGUCUUGUGCAGAUGCCUUAAGUCCUGUAUGAAACAAGCAAAAUAAAGUGGAUUUUAAAAGUGCGGAGGCUUCAGAUGGAAUAGACUGCCUGUUCUUUCAUGCUCAUUGGCUGUCUGUGUCCCUUGCUGGCUUGUUGCUUUGUAUGUAACGAAACAGAACUUAUUAUUCACAGCAUAUAGGGGUGUUAUUAUCAUGUCUUUUUGAUUCUUCAGCCCUGUAUUGGGCUAAAGACCGGAGCCUUUAGUAUUCCUAAUUUUAGAGAUGAACCCUUUCCACAAAAUCGACUGCUUAACUAAUACCUGUAAAAGAAUUGGGCCAAAAUAGAGCAGAACCCUCCCUACCCUGUGUAGACCCCCCUCCAUCCUCCCCCAGCCUACCUGCCCCCCCCUCAAUGGGCAAAUACCCCUAAUUUUUUACUUACCCCUCUGUGCAGAUUCAGGCCUCUGAGUUCACGGCAGCCAUCUUCUUCUUCUCCGGUAAUCUUCACACAUUGACGCAUUUUCUGCGCAUGCGCAGUUGGAGUAAAUUUCCGGUCCCAAACAACUGCGCAUGCGGUGAAAGUCACAAAAACUGGCAAAUUUUCCAUCAGAAUUUCACAUUUUGGUUACACAAAAUGCCAGCUGUUUUGGAAACAUUUGUGCCCUCUCAAUUUAAGGGGUAACCUAUAGUUUACCUAGGAAAACUAUACAUUGGUUUUUUUUCGGGAGAAACUGAGCUUUCUAAUUUUGCCUUUUUCAUGUAUUUCCACCUCUGCAAAAAAAUCCACAAAAAAAA